CGGUCGCUGUGCUGCCACCACUGCUGCUGCUGCCUUUUCUGUUUUAUCUCCAUCUCUGCUGCCUCUCUUCUCUCCUCUCCUUGUUGAUGCCUGGCCUCUCCUCCUGUCGUCCUGAAGCGAUGGUGUAAUUAGCGGGGCUCUGUGGGAGAGGAACCGCUCUGCCUCCUGUAGGAUCCUUUUGCCAAUCGCUGACUCUCGCCUCAGUGCUGGAAAUAAAUGGAAGGAACGCUCGCUCUGCCACCAGGCAAAUGGGGAUUCCUCUGACUGUGAAGUGGGAUUUUUGAUUUUUCUUUCUUGGACUUUGCAGAGUGAAUUUCCAUCUGGACAUUUUUUUGUGUCUUUUUUUUUUUUUUUUUAACAGAAAACUUUGAGGGUUUUCUACAUUAAACAAACUGAAGUUCUCUACUUGGCAGCAGGAAACAGGUGGGAUUGGUGGGUUUUAAAGCUCCACAGCUCAGCCUCCUGCUGAGAUCCAGCAGGACCCUGACAAAUCGCACUCAUUACUUAAAUCAAACUGAACUCAACACCCUCACACUUAGAAGUAAACGAGGAAUCUUUCCUGACUGGAGGCUGGAUUCUCAUCUCGGUGUGACGGGGAGGGGAGCGUGCACUCAUUAGGCGGUUUGGGAGAAGAUGCCAGCCAUCCUGGUGGCCUCAAAGAUGAAGUCAGGACUCCCCAAACCCAAACCGGUGCACAGCGCCCUGCCCAUCCCCCAGACCCCCAGCAGGCCCUCGGCUCUGGCUCUGCCUCCGGCGCCGCUCAAGACCCAGAUCCCCUCUCUGGGCCAGCAGGUGGGCUCGAGACCCCCGAGAGGAAACGCAGCAGAGUCGGAAAGUGUCGGAAACACUCAGAUUUACACGGACUGGGCCAACCACUACCUUGCCAAGUCAGGACACAAGCGUCUGAUCAAGGACCUGCAAACAGACGUCACGGAUGGAGUGCUGCUGGCUGAGAUCAUACAGGUCGUAGCCAACGAGAAGAUUGACGACAUCAACGGCUGUCCCAAGAGCCGUUCUCAGAUGAUUGAGAACAUCGAUGCCUGCCUCAGUUUCCUGGCAGCCAAAGGAGUCAACAUCCAGGGUCUGUCUGCAGAAGAGAUUCGAAAUGGCAAUCUGAAAGCCAUCCUCGGCCUCUUCUUCAGCUUGUCCCGCUACAAACAGCAGCAGCAGCAGGCCCAGCGUCAGAACUCCCAGCCGGCCCUCCCGGCCCAGUCCCAGAGCGCCCACCCUCCCCUGAGCCAGCAGAGCAGCGCCCCGGCCCAGCUCGGCCACCCUCCGCAUGGGACUCCGGCCCUCCCAGCCCAGAAAGCAGCGCAGGCCGAGAUGCAGUCCAGGGAUGGGUGUCAGAGUAAACUACUCAAGUUUUCCCUUGGUCAGAAAAAGACCUCUAGACUUCCUGGCCCCACGACGAGGGUGUCCACUGCUGGCGGUGACGUCCCUCCGAGAGGCUCGGUCAGCGCUGCUGGGAACCGACGCAGUCAGGGCUUCAGUGACAAAACCAAAGCCAACUCACACCUGAACAAAGAUUCCUCAGAGGGUAUGACCUCACAGCCGUCGGUGAUGACUGAGCAUGCUCCGUCAUCUGCAGUGACCGUCAGCUCCUCCACCAGCAUCCCAGCCACUACCUCCACCCUGAUUCCUCCCUCGUCGUCCUCCUCCACGGCCAUUCCUCAACCCAACAGCAACAGCAAACCCUGGAGGAGCAAGUCGACCAGCUCCAAACACGCCUCGUCCAAUUCUCCCACCUCCACGAGCCCCUCCCCGUCCGCCAUGCAGUCUGUCAAGCAGGAGAAGGACACCUCCAGUAAGGCUGCUCCAUCAACAGAAGCUCCACCUAAAGCUGCCACUCAGAAAUCAAUGCUGGAGAAGCUUAAACUCUUCAACAGUAAAGGAGGCUCCAAAUCUUCGACCACCUCCUCCAAUGGUGUAUCAGCCCAGACGGAAAACGCAGCCCCAGGCAGGCAGCCCGGAGUAGGGCAGGUGGAGAGAGCUGAGACUGGCUCCAACACCGACCCCCUAGAGGAGGAUGAUGGCAACGUCCGGCCGGGACUGAACGGGACCAGCAACGGGACGGCCUACGGAGUGGCUCCAUCAGCAGGUACCACCGUCUCUACGACCGCCAGCAGCCCGAAAAUCGCUCUGAGGGGCAUCGCCCAGCGCACUUUUAGCAGAGCUUUGACUGCCAAGAAGGGGUCUGUGAAAGGCCCUGAGAAAGACAAGGACAAGGAGAGGGGGAAGGAGAAGGACAAGGAUAGAGGGAAGGAGGUGGGCAAACGCACCUCGGUCUCUGACAGGACAGAGCUCAGGGGAGAAGAACCCAAGGAUGAAGCAGCAUCUGCUGCUGUAGACGCUGAUGGCUCCAACAAAAGGACCUCUAAAAUGGCCAGUUUCAUUCCUAAAGGGGGUAAAGUGGCCAAAAAGGAGAGCUCCACGCCUGCACACAGCGGAAUACCAAAGCCGGGAGGUAAAGCCCCAGGAGUCGGGGGCAAAGCGUCCUCAGUGAAGGAGGCGGGUGAGAGGCCUCGGAGCAUGAGGCUAGGAGGGGGGCUGGCGAUGCACCGCGGCCCCCCGGACAGAGACAGGGACAGCAGACACUCCAGCUCUACCUCCAGCCUGGCCUCCACGGAAGGGAAGAGCAGCGCCGCCCCGGUGGCCGGAGGAGGCACCACACAGAGCACCGCCAGCAACACCGUCAGUGUGCAGCUACCUCAGACGCAACAGCACCACAGCCACCCCAACAUGGCCACCGUCGCACCUUUCAUGUACAGAUCCCAAACGGACGGCGAGGGAACGGUGAACGCCGAGACGGGCUCAGGAGGAAGAGGUGGAGACGUUUCCUUCACCAAGACCAGCCAGACCUCCAUCGAGGACCUCUCAGGUGAAGAUCCAGAGACAAGACGAUUGCGAACUGUCAAAAACAUUGCAGACCUGCGGCAGAACCUGGAGGAGACUAUGUCGAGCCUACGAGGAACUCAGGUCACACACAGCACCUUGGAAACCACCUUCGACGGCAGCGUCACCACAGACAUCAGCAGCGGUGGUGGAAGCGGCGGAGGCAGCGGCAGCAACAACAGCGGAGGCGGUCGAAGCAUCCUCAGCCUCACCUCUGCUCGCCCAUCACUGUCGUCAUGGCGACUGGGCCAGUCCAGCCCUCGUCUGCAGGCGGGCGACGCCCCCUCUCUGGGGAACGGCUACGCCGGCCGGGUGGUCGGUAGCCAGGGAGGACGCUACCUGUACCCCGGUCACCUCCGGAGGCAGCUGGCCGGCCGGGGAGGAGCUCUGUGCAGCGUGGAACUCGGAGACAGAGCCGGGGAGGACAUCGACCUGGACGGCAUCGCCAUGGAGGUGACGGGAUACAUGAGCGACGGAGACGUGCUGAGCAAGAACGCCGUGCGCACUGACGAUGUCACCAGCGGCUACAUGACUGACGGAGGUUUGGGUCUGUACACGAGGCGUCUGAACCGCCUCCCCGACAGCAUGGCCGCCGUUCGAGAGACGCUGCAUCGGAAUACGUCGUCUGGACAGGGAGAUGCUGACAGCUGGGAUGACAGCAGCUCUGUGAGCAGCGGCAUCAGCGACAACAUCGACACAGAUGACAUCAACACCAGCUCCUCCAUCUCCUCGUACGCCAACACGCCGGCAGCGCAGCGCAAAGGCCUCAACACGCAGCCUGUGACGGAUGCAGAGAAGCACUCGGCCUCCACGACGGUGCACCAGUCCUGGUCGGGAGACGAGGUGAAGAGGCCGGACGGCGGGUCAGACAGCGGGGUCAGGAUGGAGCCAGGAUCCAAGUGGAGCCGCCGGAACCCCUCCGACAUCUCAGACGAGUCCGACAAGGGCGGCUCGGGCAGGAAGACCCCCUCCGUGUCCCACACAGGCUCCUGGAGGAGGGGAAUGAGCACUCAGGUGGGCGUGACGUCCCCCCGGACCAAAAGCACCAGUAGUACCGGAUCCACAGGCUCGGUCGGCCUCAAGACCCACAGUUCAGCAGGUAAGACGGAUGAUGUCAAGGUGUCAGAGAAAGGUCGUCUCUCUCCUCGUCCUAACGGCCUCCACCGCUCGCCGUCGGACGCCGGACGCAGCAGCGGCGACGAGGCCAAGAAACAGUCGAUCCCCAACAGCCGCACGCCGACCACAAACACACUCACACACACUGUGUCAGAUCCACACUCCCAGACGCACACGCUGACCUCACGGACCCCAACCAGCACCUUCGGCUUCAAGAAGCAGGGCCCCGGGAUGGUUACCAUGGUGACCGCCAGCGGUGCCACCAUCACCAGCGGUUCAGCCACCCUGGGGAAGAUGCCUAAAUCUGGGGGCCGAUCACUGUCCGGAGGGCUGAAGGCCGGCGGGCAGGACGGAGGCUCCAUGCUUGGACACCACGACGACGGCUUCCUGCCCAUGAGCGCCCGCUCCACGCUGCAGUACCGCAGCCUGCCCAGACCCAGCCGGUCCGGGGCAGCCGCCCGCAACGGGAACCGAUCCUCCACCAGCAGCAUCGAGGCCGCCGUGCUCUCCGUCACCUCACAUGGGAAAAACUCCAUCAGCUUAGCCAAGACCAACGGCUCAGCGGGGCUGCUGGCCAAUCAGACGGACCGAGAGAAGGGGGUCCCCGACAUCGACAACCUCAGGAGUGGAGCGGCGAUGCAGAGCGGAGGAGCUGCGACGGUUCCUCUGACGGGAAGACAGCAGGUUUCUUCACCGACACUUCGCAGGUUAUUUGGUGGAAAGCCCAGCAAACAGGCUCCAGUCACCACAGCUGAGAACAUGAAGAAUUCUACUGUCAUCUCCAACCCGCACGCUACCAUGAACCACGUGGCCACGGUGCUGGAGUCCCCUGACGGAGGGCUGUCCGGCGUGGACGUGGACACCAGCAGCUCCCUGUUUGGAGGCCGAGCACUGGGAUCGGGGAUGGGGACGCUGGGCAGCGAGCAGGCCUCCAGCCCCGGCUCGGUCUACUCCUCCACUGGACCCUCCAACAGCCUGACGUGGGGAACCACCUUCAGCAGCUCCUCCGUCCCCAGCAGGGAGGGAACGCUGGGCGGCCAUGGCGGGACGGGCAGCGUGGGCUUCCCCUCCGUCAGCAGCAUGCACACCAGCAGCGAGUCCAUCGACAUGAGCCUGGGCAGCGCCGGAGGAGGCGGCGGCCUCUCCACCCACAGGGAGGAUACGCUGUCCGCUCUGGGCCGAACCGGCAGCGUCAAGACCGGCAUGUCUGAGAGUCCCCUCUCCUCCCCAUCUGCUAGCCCUAUAUUCAGCCGAAACACACUGCCUCGGAAGCAGGACAGCGGGCCACAUUGUGGUAGAAACACUCUGCCUAAGAAGGGACUCAGGUACGGACCGUCGCCACAGCUGCGAGGCCACGAGGAGGCCCGUGAUUGGCUGCGCUCCCACUCCACCAGCGGGCUGCAGGACUCGGCCAGCAACUCCCCGUUCUCCCCCGGAUCCAGCCUCACCUCCCCGUCCGGCACUCGCUUCAACUUUGGACAGCUCGCGUCCAGCCCGACCUCAGCGGCUCAGAUCAACCUGGCCGGCAUGCGCACCAACAGCUUGACCAAUCAGGACGUUCCUUUUGACCCGUGCAGCGACAACCGACUGAGAAACUCCUGCAUGUCGCUGGACGAGAAGACUCGCACCAUGAGCCGGUCGGGAUCCUUCAGAGACGGAUUUGAAGAAGUUCACGGAUCGUCUCUGUCUCUGGUCUCCAGCACUUCUUCCAUCUACUCCACGAAUGAGGAGAAGUCCCAGUCGGAGAUCCGCAAGCUGCGCCGAGAGCUGGAUGCCUCCCAGGAAAAAGUUUCCGCCCUCACGACACAGCUGAGCGCCAAUGCUCAUCUGGUGGCAGCGUUUGAACAGAGUCUGGGUAACAUGACCAUCAGACUGAAGAGUCUCACCCUGACAGCAGAGCAAAAGGACUCGGAGCUGAAUGAGCUGAGGAAAACCAUCGAGCUGCUGAAGAAGCAGAACGCCGUCGCUCAGGCUGCCAUCAAUGGAGUCAUCAACACACCUGAACUGGCACCUAAAGGGGAGCGGACAGCUGGCACUAACGGCAGUCCACAACAACAGCAGCAGCAGAAUCAGCCGCCGGACCUUCGCAUCAGGAGGCAGCACUCCUCCGACAGCGUCAGCAGCGUCGCCAGUGCAACCAGCCACUCCAGCGUGGGCUCCAACAUGGACGCUGAUGCCAAAAACAAGAAGAAGAACAAGAAGAACUGGCUGAGAAGCUCUUUCAAACAAGCGUUCAGCAAGAAGAAAUCUCCCAAAUCGGCCUCGUCUCACUCCGACAUCGAGGAGAUGACGGACUCGUCGCUGCCGUCUUCACCGAAACUGCCUCACAAUGGAACCUCUGGCACCGGACACAUGCUGAGGAACACACACUCCAACACACUAUUGUCGGAGUGUUUGGACAGUGAGGCCGAGACGGUGAUGCAGCUUCGCAGUGAGCUCAGGGAGAAGGAGAUGAAACUGACCGACAUCCGGCUGGAGGCUCUCAGCUCUGCACAUCAGCUGGACCAGCUCCGGGAGGCCAUGAACCGCAUGCAGCUGGAGAUCGAGAAGCUGAAGGCGGAGAAUGACCGUCUGAAGCUGGAGAACCAGGGCAGCAGGACAGGCUCCCAGGCCUCCAUAUCAUCCUCUCCUCCCCCUCACACCCACAGCCAGAACCCUGGACCCGGACCUGGACUCUCCCAGCACAGCCUCAACCUCACCACCAGCGAGUCCACCAGCCUAGAUAUGCUGCUGGACGACACUGGCGGCGAGGGAGGGAUGAGAAAGGAGGGACGACACGUGAAAAUCGUCGUCAGCCUGGAUGAGGACAGAAAGUGGGGAGAGGAGGGCCGAACUCGUCAUUUCCUGAUCGGUUGCAUCGGUGUGAGUGGGAAAACUAAGUGGGAUGUCCUUGACGGAGUGGUCAGACGUCUUUUUAAGGAGUACAUCACCCACGUGGACCCGGUGAGCCAGCUGGGUCUGAGCUCAGACAGCGUUCAGGGUUACAACAUCGGAGAAAUCCAUCGACCUAGCACCCCCAGCGCCGCCCACACGCCCGAGCUGCUGCCCUGCGGGUACCUGGUGGGGGACAACACCAUCAACAUCCAGCUCAAAGGUGUGAGCAGUGAAAAUGUGGACUCUCUGGUGUUCAACACUCUGAUCCCGAAGCCGAUGCUGCAGCGCUACGUGUCGCUGCUGAAGGAACACAGACGAGUGAUUCUAUCGGGACCCAGUGGAACAGGAAAGACCUACCUGGCCAAUCAGCUGUCUCGAUACCUGCUGCUGCUGGAGGCUCGACCUCUGACGCCAAACGCUGUCGUCACUUUCAAUGUGGACCACAAGUCCAGCAAGGAGCUGCGUCAGUACCUGUCGGGUCUGGCUGAGCAGUGCAGCAGUGUUCCAGGAUCAGACCGCCCUCUGGUGGUCAUUCUGGACAACCUGCACCACGUCAGCAGCCUGGGAGAAAUCUUCAAUGGCCUCUUCAACUGCAACUACCAGCACUGCCCCUACAUUAUCGGCACCAUGAGCCAGGCUACGUCAUCUGCCCCAAAUCUGCAGCUUCACCACAACUUCAGGUGGGUGCUUUGUGCCAACCACAUGGAGCCGGUUAAAGGAUUCCUCGGUCGCUACCUGAGGAGGAAGCUGAUCGAGACGGAGAUCGGCAGCCGGACGCGCAACAUGGAGCUGGUGAAGAUCAUCGACUGGGUGCCGCGGGUUUGGCAUCACCUGAACCGCUUCCUGGAGACGCACAGCUCCUCCGACGUCACCAUCGGACCUCGUCUGUUCCUGUCGUGUCCCAUGGAUGUGGAGGGAUCCAGGGUUUGGUUCACCGAUCUGUGGAACUACUCCAUCAUCCCAUACAUGCUGGAGGCGGUACGGGAGGGACUGCAGCUUUACGGCCGCAGGGCUGCCUGGGAGGAUCCGGCUGCCUGGGUGAUUGACUCCUACCCCUGGUCAGCUACGCCUCCUCCAGGCGACUGGCCUCCGCUGCUGCAGCUCCGCCCGGAGGACGUGGGCUUCGAUGGAUACUCUGCCCCCAGAGAGGGAGUCAGGAAAGAGCCACCACAGAGCGACAGUGACGCAGACCCACUGAUGAACAUGCUGAUGCGUCUGAAGGAGGCGGCGACGUCGUCGAGCCCUCAGAGCUACGACAGCGACUCCAACAGCAACAGCCACCAGGACGAUAUCCUGGACACAUCACUGGAGUCCACCUUGUGAUGCCUCAAAACGCACCACUGGGAUCUGUUUUAUGGGGAAAAAAAAAAAGAGAGAGAACAUUUUUAUAAAAAACUUUUCUCACAGAGUAUAAUUUCAUGCCACAAAAUCCAGCCAACUUAAUUUGGGUGCAGGUAACCCAAAUACAUAAAAAAGAAGUCAAAAUAAGACGGUUAAAAUUGCAUUUCAGUAAACGGGCAACAAAAGUUUCUACUUCUUCUGCACUGCGCUGUUUUUUGUUUGUUUUUUUCACCGCUGUGGCCCGCAGCUCCACUCUCAGGAGCCAGACAGAAUAAAAGCACACAGCCUGUCCCUGUUGGUGAGGCGUCAUCAUCACCAUCAUCACCAUCAUCACCAUCAUCACCAUCAUCACCAGCCAUCCGUUGACUGAAACACCAGCCAGGAGUCCUCCAUUCUACCCUGAGCCACAGCAUCACACCAGCUCAUCAGACCACAAAACUCCGGCUGCAGUGAGCCGGAGCUGCCUGCAGAUGGCGAUACAAGCCCUGCUACCACCUCCUGAGAAACACUUAGUGCUGCUGCAGGUUGGAUGGAUGAACGGCCAGCCAGCCGCUUUCUGCUCCUCGUCCACCUCAUAUGGCUGAAGUUGCCUGUGUGAUUGCUGGAGGAUGAAUCGAGCCAAAGUGAAUGUUAAGUCUGACAACAGAAACACAACUUCUCAGAGAAAUCCUCAGUUUUACAUCCCAAACUUUACAAAUUACAAUGUGUCAAAGCCAAGACAGUAGUGAUAAAAAGAGCUGCUACAACAUAGUUUUGGUGGACAAAAAGAUGAGAGCUGGUGGGUUUCUAUCUGCAAAAACCCUAAUUAAAUAUGGUAGCAAGGAAAUUAACAAACAUCGUGACAAUAUCUAAGACUGUAAGAAAAAAAAAUCUAAGGAGAAAAGCUUCAUUACUUGGACCAGAAAUACUUACUACAAUUCCUGCUAAGGCUUUUUUUCUCAUUUUGGUUGUACUUUUCAUCAGGGGUCCUCAGUGGUUUUAUCCUUCCUCACAGUUGUACCCCCAAAUGCCCCCUUUGAAAUUAAGUGGAAUAACAUUAACAAAAAAUACUUAUUUUUAUUGGAUGAACAGACAGUAGUCAGAUUUGCUGAAAAAAAAAGCUGUAGUUAAUUUUACAAAUGCAAUUUACAAAGUGCAUUUAAAGUCCUUGAUCUCACAAAAAGGCUUUUACAGUGUUUGAGGUAAAAUCAUUUGAUCAACAAACUGAGUUUUAAACCUGAACUCUGCGUUUAUUAAUUCUGAGCUGUCAAACUCACAGCUUUUGGUUUCAGAACAAGUGACAACAGUUAGUUGAGUUAUUAAAAAUAGCUAUUAUUAGCUCACAAAAACAAGCUGCAACACAAUUUGUUUUGAAAUUAGAUCAUGAUCACAAUGUAUCAUAUGAACAUUAUAAGGGCUACAAAUAAGUUCCGAUAAAUGAUCAAUUGUGCAGAAAAAAAACGCCCCAACAGAUGAUCACCAGGGAAUGAAAAUCUGCAAGCGAGCAGGUUGGCAUGACAGUGUUGCCUCAGAGUUAAGCUGAACUCACUGUGAUACGGAAAACCUCAAUUUUCAUUCCUUGAAAUCUGACUCAACUAAUUCUCAGUUUUCACUAAACCUGCUUUGUGAAACUGAGCUUCUAUCUGCAAAUCUAUAAUGCAAAACAUAGUAACAAGGAAGUCAGAAAACACUGUAGUCAACACUGUGACAAUGUGUAAGCCUAAGGGGGAAACGAAUCUGAAUUAAGGAGACAAACUUGGUCAGUGGAACCAAAAAUACUCACCACAAUCCUUCCUAACGUUUUUCCCUCCAAGUAGUUCCUUUGAAAUGAAGCACAGUGCAUAAGUUUUAUUAGUUGAACACGUACAAAAAAGCUUGUCAACUUUAUCCAAAAUCUAAUCCAUAGAAUAUCUUUGAAGUCCUGCAAACUGGGAAAUUAGCAUUCACUGUGGCUUGAUUUGUCCUUUUAAACUCUGACAGUGUUUGAGAUAAUGUCCUGUGUGUUGUAGCAUCCUAUGUAAUGUCACUAAUAACGCCUCUACCACUUGCUUUGACCCCCUAAUAAUCCCUCGAUAUCUCCAUGCACAUUGACCCAAGCAGGCUGUUGUAGCACAAACCCCCUUUGGUGCUGGACUGAAUCCUAACAAACAAUGCCUUACUCUUUUCUAACAGAUUAUGUGCAUUAGUCGAUUCUCUUUUUUUUAAGUCUAAAUGGCUGUAAACUUGACAGGGCUCCGAGUCGACUCACCGUUGACCUCUCAUCAUAUCAAUCACCAAUGCCGUGGGAUUGAAGAGAUGUGAAUGAGAAGCUUUGGGUUUCAAAUUAAGUUGUAUGCAUGCAUGACCCACCAGGUGCUGGGACGAUGGUGUAAAUAUGUGGACCACUAGCGGCAAAGAAAACCAUUUAGAUGUGAUUUUGUUUUGGUGCUCGAAAUCAGAACUUGUUGCAGGUUGAUCGGAUGAGGGAAAGUUGAAGAAGAUUUUAUACCUCAUCCCCAUCCUAUAACUGUGCUUUUGCCGCGCUUCUUGUCUGUUUUGAUUAUGUGAUGAUUGAUGAACAGAACCGUCAUAACAAACACGUUGAACUAAUUAAGUGAAAGCUAGUGUAUAUGCUGCUUUGUUUAUAGUGAUAUAAUUAAUCAGAGGUUAAAGUUAUAAAAGGUACUUUGUUGUGAGCCUGCCUUUUGGUAAAGGGCGGGCGGGUGGGCAUUUAAAGCCGGGGUCUUGUAGUCUAGCACGGCUUCCAUCGCUUUCAGUGUUUCUGUCACCGAUCCUAUGCAACAUUCAUUCUGAUCUUCAAGUGGAAGCCAAAAGUCGAGCAGUACUGCCUAGAGACGUACAGCAUGGAACCAGAUUUGUGAAGAGUUUUGUGGCCAAUGUUCUUUGUCCAUGUGUGUGUUUGAUAAAAGGAUCUCCUGCUACUGUCCCUGUAAGCACAAAGAGACUGACUCUGUUUGUCUGUGUUAAAGCCUGCUCAGAGAGGUGCGGAUGUCGUCCAAGCAUUUGACAUUUUAUUACUCACAAACUCAAUGAAUGUUUAGCCUUCUUAGCCAUGUACAUUUUUUAUAUGUAACAUAACUGUGUAAAUAGUUGAUUAUCUCGCAGCAUUUUGAUGACUUUUUCUAGCCGAUUUGUUACAGUACUUGAAAAGGAGUAUUUUGUGUACAGUCUCUUUACAUCAGAGCAGAUCGAUGCGGUUUGUCAUCGCUGGUCUGUCCAGGGCUCGGAGAAUUUAAUCUGAUAUCACUGUACUAGUCUUAAGUUAUUGUGAUUCAAUAAAAUUAAUGAUUAUUUAUGACUGAA